GAAGCGUAAACAGAGCUUCGCGAAGGAGAGAAGUAUAUCGUAAAAACUCAGAGAUAGUCAGGGGCUCAAAUACAACACACAUUUGGUGCGGAGAUGGUUCGGCGGGAGAAGAAGAAAAAAAAGGAGAGAAAAUCUUCAGAUGACAGAAACCCAACUUUCAAAGAAACUCCUCAUGUUACGCGAGAACUAAAAUAUCCUUUUGGCGGCGUCAGUCCAAGCUAUGCCCAGCCACAACCCCAUUGCAGCCACCAAGAACCACCUUCGCAAGAGCCCCAAGAACCACCUACUUCAGAGCCCCAAGAACCUCCUGGGGAAACGCAGGGACGAUAUAAUGUCCUUAGGGCCGUCAGUCCAAGGAAUGUCGACCCACAACCACACUGCAGCCACCAAGAACCACCUUCGCAAGAGCCUCAAGAACCACAUUCACAAGAGCCCCAAGAACCACCUACACCAGAGCCCCAAGAACCUCCUGGGGAAACGCUAGGACGAUAUCAUCUCUUUAGGGCCGUCGGUCCAAGCGAUCUCGAACCACAGCCACACUGCAGCCACCAAGAACCACCUUCACCAGAGCCCCAAGAACCACCUACUUCAGAGCCCCAAGAACCUCCUGGGGAAACGCAGAGACGAUAUAAUCUCCUUAGGGCCGUCAGUACAAGCAAUGUCGACCCACAACCACACUGCAGCCACCAAGAACCACCUUCACAAGAGCCUCAAGAACCAACUUCAUCAAACCCCAAAGAACCUCCUUGGGAAACGCUAGGACGAUAUCAUCUCUUUAGGACCGUCGGUCCAAGCGAUGUCGAGCCACAACCACAUUGCAGCCACCAAGAACCACCUUCACCAGAGCCCCAAAAACCUCCUGGGGUAGGGCAGGGACAAUAUCAUCCCCACAGGGCCAUAGGUCCAAGCGAUAUCGAACCACAACCACACUGCAGCCACAAAGAACCACUUUCACAAGAGUCCCCAGAACCACCUACACCAGAGCCCCAAGAACCUCCUAGGGAAACGCUAGGACGACAUCGUCUCUUUAGGGCCAUCAGUCCAAGAGAUGUCGAACCACAGCCACACUGCAGCCACCAAGAACCACCUUCACCUGUUGAGUCUCUCCAGCUCCAGCAAGGCGAGUUGCUGAGGUCAUACGCAUUCUCUCCUCGGUGGCAUCAAGCGAGCGGACUAUCAGAUAGAGCGUUCCAGACCCAUCAUCUACGUACCCACGAGACGCAGGAGGAGGAGGAGAAGGGAGAAGAGAAGGAGAAGAAAAAGAAAAAGUACCAUUCCCCUGUCUGUAAGUACGCCAGCAAGAGGAAGUCUGUCAUAAGGCACACACGCGAACAUUUGAAUGAGCCCCAAGAACCUACUUUGGCAAUGCAAGGACGAUACCAUCUCUUUAGGGCCAUCUGUCGAAGCUAUGUUAAACCACAACCACACUGCAGCCACCAAGAAUCACCUUCACAAGUGCCCCAAGAACAACCUACACCAGGGACCAAAGAACCACCUACACCAGAGCCCCGAGAACCCCCUGGGGAAACGCAGGGACGAUCUCAUCACUUUGGGGCUAUCAGUCCAAGCGAUGUCAAACCACAGCCACACUGCAGCCACCAAGAACCACCUUCACAGGAGCCCCAAGAACCUCCUGGGGCAAAACAAGAACGAUACCAUCUCUUUAGGGCCGUCAGUCCAAGCAAUGUCGAACCACAGCCACACUGCAGCCACCAAGAACCACCUUUACAGGAGCCCCAAGAACCUCCUGGGGCAAAACAAGAACGAUACCAUCUCUUUAGGGCCGUCAGUCCAAGCAAUGUCGAACCACAGCCACACUGCAGCCCACCAAGAACCCACCAUUACAGGAGCCCCACAAAGAACCUCCUGGGGCAAAUAAAACAAGACAACGAUACCAUCUCUUAG